CGCUCGGGGCCUGCGGACACCCGGACCCAGUGCCUGGAGCACCGGCGGCGGUGAGCGGCCUACGGGCACCGGGGGGGGGGGGUCGCCAGGAGAUGAGCCAACAUGUCUGAGGGCAGCAAGGGGAGCUCGCUGGCCUUUGGCCAGGUGGUCAUCGGCCCUCCGGGCUCUGGCAAGACAACCUACUGCCAUGGCAUGCAGCAGUUCAUGGGCAGGCUGGGGCGCAAGGUGACGGUGGUGAACCUGGACCCUGCCAACGAGACGAUGCCCUACGAGUGUUCCGUGGACAUCGCCGAGCUCAUCACCCUGCCCGACGUCAUGGAGAGCCUGAAGCUGGGGCCCAACGGGGGGCUCAUCUACUGCAUGGAGUACCUGGAGGCCAACUUCGACUGGCUGCAGGAGAAGCUUGCUGCGUUCAGGGGUCACUACUACUUGUUUGACUGCCCGGGGCAGGUGGAGCUCUACACCCACCAUGAUGCCCUGAAGAACAUCUUCGCACAGUUGGUCAAGUGGAAUUUCAGGUUGGCUGCAGUGCACUUGGUGGAUUCUCACUACUGCACAGACCCUGGCAAGUUCAUCUCUGUCCUCUGCACCUCACUGUCCACCAUGCUGCACGUGGAACUGCCCCAUGUCAACGUCCUCUCCAAGAUGGACCUGAUUGAGCAAUAUGGCAAACUGGCUUUCAACCUGGAUUAUUACACAGAGGUCCUGGACCUCUCCUAUUUGGUUGACCAUUUAGCUUCUGACCCCUUCUUCAGAAACUACCGCCGCCUCAAUGAGAAGCUGGUGGAGGUGAUUGAGGACUACAGCCUGGUGUCCUUCGUUCCACUCAACGUCCAGGACAAGCAGAGCAUGAGGCAGGUGAUGCAGGCAGUGGACAAAGCCAAUGGCUAUUCCUUUGGAGACCAGGAGCACAGGAGCCUUGAAGCUCUGAUGUCGGCAGCAGUGGGAGCCGAUUUCCACUUCACUUCCACACUUGCAGUACAGGAGAGGUAUGUGCAAUCUCAGGACAAAGCUGUGGAAGAAGAAGUGAUGGAUCUGUAACACACCCACCCCUGCCAUGGCUGCUCCCUGUUUUGACACCUCUCCUUUUCCUACCAGGAGCUUAAGGGAUCUCCGGGCUGUGUGAGUCAGAUGAAGUGAAAGCUUUUCCAGGCAGAGCUCUGGCUGCUGGACUCCCUCUCUGUAAGGGUUUGAGCUCUUGUGCUUCAGCCCUACUGCAUGGAGCAGUGUUUCUGCAG